CUGAACAGAGUUCCUAUCAUCUUAGCCUAUUUUAGGAAUACUCAUCUGUUUCUUACCUUUCAUGUCUUUAUUGAGUUUGCAUAACAUCUACUAUUUGUGAACUUUAUUUCACUGAAUAGAGUUCCUAUCCUCUUAGCCUAUUUUCAUUUCUCUGCUAUGGUGCUUUUUAGCUGGAAAGCAUAUGUGAGGAUACAGAAACUGUGGACAAAAAGCUGAACCUGAUGAACUUUGUUCCUACUCUUCGGUCUGGUGAGUGGAGUGAUAUUGGAGAACGCCCUUCCAUGGAGGAUACACACAUAUGCAUUGGAGAUUUGGCCAGAAAAUUUGGCAAUAACGAACUUUCUGAGGAAGCUAUUUCCUUUUAUGGUGUAUUUGAUGGACACGGAGGGAAGAGUGCUGCACAAUUUGUUCGUGAUCAUCUACCACAGGUGAUUGUUGAGGAUGCUGACUUUCCUUUGGAACUUGAGAAGGUUGUAACAAGGUCAUUUUUGGAGACUGAUGCAGAGUUUGCAAGAUCGUGUUCUAUUGAGUCUUCCCUAUCUUCUGGCACAACUGCACUGACUGCAAUUAUAUUUGGAAGGUCUUUACUUGUAGCCAAUGCUGGAGACUGUCGUGCUGUGUUAUCCCGUGGCGGCCGAGCUGUAGAAAUGUCCAAAGAUCACAGACCAUUGUGCAUGAAAGAAAGGAUGAGGAUUGAGUCAGUAGGUGGAUAUAUAGAUGAUGGUUACCUGAAUGGUCAGUUAGGUGUGACUCGUGCUCUAGGGGACUGGCAUCUUGAAGGAAUGAAGGAGAUGAAUGGAAAACAUGGACCAUUGAGUGCUGAGCCUGAA